AUGACCAGGCCCUGUGCUUUCCUAAUGGUCCUAAUGGUGGUGAGCUACUGGACAAUUCGCUGUCUAGCCUGUGAUCUGCCUCACACACAUAACCUGCAGUAUAGGAGGACUUUGUUGCUCCUGGAGAAAAUGAGGAGAAUCUCCCCUCUCUCCUGCCUAAAAGACAGAAAUGACUUUGAAUUUCCCUGGGAGGAGUUUCACGGUAAGCAGAUCCAGAGUGCUCAAACUGUCGCUGUCCUCCAUGAACUGACCCAGCAGAUCUUGAACCUCUUCGGCUCGAAGGCCGCCUCUGCUGCGUGGGAAACAAGCCUCCUAGGAGAAUUCCACACUGGCCUCUAUCAGCUACUGAAUGCUCUGCAAGCCUGUCAGAUACAGCAGGUGGAGGUACUAGAGCCUUCUCUAAGGCAGGAGGACUCCCUAGUGGCUGUGAGGAAAUACUUCCACAGGAUCACUACCUACCUGAGAGAGAAGAAACACAGUCCUUGUGCCUGGGAGGUGGUCAGAGCAGAAAUCAUGAGAUCCUUCUUUUUCUCAAGAAACUUUCUGGGAAGACUCAGAAGAAUGAGUGAGGCCUGA